UGAGAUCGGGCCAUUUCCCAAAAGGUCCACAUUUGUAAUAAAGAGGAAAAUCACGACCAAAACACUUGCAAAAAAAACCGAAAGAAGGGCAUUUCUGUCCGUAGGGGUCGUCCAGAACAGAGCACAUAGUGGCUUUGUGCGCGUGGAUCAGUCGGACUCUGCGGUGCAUGCACAGUAUUUCUCCCCCGUGCGCGCGCGCGUGUGUGUGUUUACAAGUGUUUGAACGAGUGCCAGAAACGAGGGAAGACGCAGGAUAAAGCCAAGGAAGGAGGGAUGGUGGACAAUUCCGGCAGUAGUAAGGCACAAAUGCCCAGUAUGUCUCAGGAGCCUGGUGUGGCCUUUCCUCAGAGCACCCCCACAGGGGGUAUGAAACUAGAGGCAGUGAUGGAGCAACUCCAGCGCCAGCAGCAGGCCAGACUGGAAAUGGAGCGCAAGGAGAGGAAGUUGCGCGAGGCCCACAUCAUGUAUGCACAGCAGGUUGCUGCUCAGCAGGCCAUCCUGGCAGCUGCCCGGGCUUCUGGGGCCAGUUUCAUGGGCAAAGGCCUGGCUGGAGGGGUCCCAGGUGGUGGGUUGCCUCCCCGGAUGUCCAAUCAGAGCAGCGUGGACUCAGAAAGAGAGGAUGAUGAGGACAGAGGCAGGGAUUCUGGGGACGAUGAUGACGACAAUGAGAUGAUGGAGGGGGAUGAGGGCAGUGAUGAAGAGGAGGGAAGUGCCAGUGGUCUGGAGUUCCUUCGCAAGCAGACCCUCGCUUUGCAGCAGAGUGCCUCCCGCAUCCCACCUCGUCCAUUUGGUAGCUAUGCUGCAUCUGCACCCCAGAGGUCUGCAUCACCACCUGUUAGAGUAAAGCAGGAACCUGAUGAGGGCUUAUCUCCUGCUGGGGCCCAUUCUGCCACCUCCCCUAACGGACAGGCUGACUGGGGUUAUGAUGAUCAUUUUAGACAGAAUGGGAGUGCUGGUUGGGCAGAUGAGGCUGACAGUAGCAGAGGAAGAGGAGAGGCCUCUAGAGACUUUGCUAAGUUGUACGAGCUGGACAAUGACCCCAAAAGAAAGGAGUUUUUGGAUGACCUCUUCACUUUCAUGCAGAAAAGAGGAACCCCAGUCAAUCGUAUCCCUAUCAUGGCCAAGCAAGUCCUGGAUCUGUACAUGCUGUACAAGCUGGUGACAGAAAAGGGAGGCCUUGUUGAAGUUAUCAACAAGAAGAUCUGGAGAGAAAUCACAAAAGGACUCAACCUGCCUACCUCCAUCACCAGUGCAGCUUUUACCCUGCGCACACAGUACAUGAAAUACCUGUACCCAUAUGAGUGUGAGAGGAAAGGCCUGAGCUCCCCAGGUGAGCUUCAGGCUGCCAUUGACAGUAACCGGCGCGAAGGUCGUCGUCCAAGCUACAGCAGCAGCCUCUUCCGUUUCUCUCCCUCUCCCAGCACAGCUCCCCAUAUCCUCUCACCUCCCAAGAUGCACCUUUCAGCUUUGGGGGCAGGGGCCUCAGCAGCUCUAAAUGGUCUGCAGGCUUCACCAGGGCCCUCUCUGAAAAAAGAUGACCUGACCCCCUCCAUCAUGGCAGCAAGACCCUCCAUGGCAUUGGCCCUGGGUCAGCAGCAGGUUGCAGGGUUGGCACGAGCCGCCACACUUGAACAGCUCAGAGAAAAGCUGGAGACCAGUGGUGGAGCAGAGGGUCCAGAGAGGAAGAUGGCCCGCCUGGCAGAAGAACAGCAGCGCCUGAUGCAGCAGGCUUUCCAACAUAACCUGCUCGCCAUGGCCUCCCAGAUGCCUAUGAACCUGCGUCUUGGAGCCCCCGCCAUCACCACCAGAGAUGAGAAGCAGCAGGACAUGUCUCUGAGUAUUUCAACCAAUGGAAAUGCCAGCAUCACUGUCUCAGUGGAGGUCAAUGGCACAAUGUACUCAGGAACCCUGUUUGCCCAGAAGUCUGCGGGGGCUGUCGGUCCCACUGUGUCGGCUGCUGCUGCCUCAGCUUCCCCUGCUGGAGCCGGCACUAGCUUUGGAUUCUCUGCACCCCCGGCUCAGACCCUCAGCCCCACGUCCUCUUCCUCCUCCAAGGGUUCCGGCUCUGCUGAGCCUGCUCCCAGUGGGUCACCCUAACUGAAGCUGCCCUCUCCUCUCCAGGCUUCUCUUCCACUGGGAGGCCCAGCAUGAAUAUACAAUACCACGAGAAAUCGUUAAGAAUAACUGUUGCACAACAAAUACCUCAUCAAACCCUGUCAAGCUCUUGGCUGUCCAAUCAUGAACACAGAGUCCAAGAAUAUUUUAUGACAUGUGCCCAAACGCACAGCUAUGCAUUUUACUCAACACACACCACACUACACUCAUACACAAUUAUACUUGUGCAGACACACAAUCUACACAUACAUACACUUGUUAAUCCUAAUCUACAUGCUAAACACAAUCAGCUCAGCCAAAACCCACUGACAGGUGUAGUCGCAACUGAACUUGAAAAGUUUUAUCUUAGGACUUUUUGUUUGUUUGUUGCCAUUGUGUCAUCUUUUUGAUUUUGUGUUUUUAGAAUGAUUUUGUUUUUAGUUUUUCUCUUUUUACAUACCUCAAAUCAAGUAACCUGCAGUGGUGUCUUUACCUCAGGAGCUGUAGUAUAUUUAACCUGAAUCAACUUUAUUUUUGUAUUCUUUUUGACUUCAUUGCAAUCAGGGGAAGUCAGGUAACUCUCACCAGUGGAACCUCGUCUACACAGCUCCCACCUCUCAGUAACAGGCUUCCAACCGGGGCAGUUCAGGUCUCUUUAACAUGCUGUAACCUUUUGCUGAAAUCUAACUGGUAAAUGAUCAGAUGCUGUAGAGCAGCAGAUUAAAUACCUCUGUCUUGUAACUCCGCCCUCAAUUCAAAUCACAGGAUGUUAUUGUAGACUGGUGGGAACAUUCAUUACGCACACAAACCUCCAAAAUGUAACUCUCAUUAGCAAUGUAUGGGAUUUUAUAUGCAGAGAGCCACAGAAAUAUCAGUCUCUUGCGGGUCCACUCAAGCUGUCUUUAAAAAGUUGCGCACAAAAAGUUGAGGGACCAGCAACUUCAAGAAUCAGUUUGAAGUUUGUUGUCCCUAUUGUGUUUGUGCAUCCUCAUACUGGCCUCUCUCGACGGGUGUCUUUCUCAGGAAGCAAUGUGAAAACGGCACAGCAUCACUGUUAAUUUUAAGAAAAAGAGGAGUCAAACCUGAAGAACGCACAUGACUGAUACAAGAAUACCUCAUCAGACUCUCCCAAAAGGAGAGCCACACUGCAUACCUCAUAUGGCUGCAAAGCCACCGAGACUUGACGCCCCAGCUCGUGAUGGAAAUCCUACCUGGACUUAAACUGAUAAGGACGUACUGAUACACUGCUGGUGGUUUUGGGGACAUACUGUACACCAAACAGAACUGGGAUGAGCCUGCUCUCCCUCUCUGCAUUAAUUUGUGAGACUUGUUUUAUGCCUGCUCCUGUUUUCUUCAGUUUGGUCUCUUUUUUUUUUUUUUCUUCUCUCUCUCUCUCUCUCUCUCUCUCUCUCUCUUUCUUUUUUCCCCUCAAGUUUUGAGAUGUUGUCUGAGAAGAGUGAUUUAUCUGCAUUUUAAUCAGGGAAGAGGAAAAGCAUAGUUAAUUCCUCUCUGACACAUGUAGAUUUGUAGGAUUGUUAACAAGUUUCAAGGGUCACGGGUCAAAAAAAAAUACCAACGGCCGUAGUUAACCUUAAAUUUGACUGUGAAAGGCAGAUUCACAGUUGACAUUUCUUCUGUAAUGACAGCGGCGCCAUGAUAUGCAUGUGUACAAUCAUGUGACCAGUGUUUUACCACCCAAUCUGUCUGGUCCACAUUAGCCUCUGGGUACUGCACAGCUACAUACCAAAGACCAGCCCAGUCACUCCUUUGAAUUGAUUCCCAUUUGACAGUUGCCCACGCCUGCUGGCUGGGCUGACCUUUUAAGGUCCAUUCUGCAUUGACAAAAGUUGUGCAUCUAAAUGCAUUCAAUUGGAUUUUACAGAAAGCAAGUCAGAAUGUGUGUUCCAGGUAUUCCAUUCAUUGUCCUUUUAUUUGAUUCAAAGUUUUAAAAAGUCCCAGUUUUUCCAGAGCUUUCCAUCUAAUCUUUUAUCUUCUGGGUUUGUGGGACUAGGUGAGUCUGUGUUUGUAAACAAAACGAUUAUCCUACCAAUCAUUAAGGUGUAUUUCUCCCUUUAAAGUAAUUUUUAUCAUAAAAAAAAAGAAAUGGUGAAAAUGAAUUUUCUAGCUUUUAUCUGUGUUGAAUGUGAGGCAUUUUAACUGUUCAGAAAACUCUGAAGCCCAGUAUGAGCCGAAGUCAUCACCCUUGGUGCUUUAGUCCAGCUGUAUUUUAGCCAUUACAUGUCAGGUUCUGCAGAUCUUGUGCAGAUCACAGUUGGUGUACCUUUCAGAACACUCAUGACACAUAACUGUAUUUUAUAAAGGACAAAAAUUGUAGACGCUGCCUUAAAGUAGUUGUUGGUGAGAUCUGGCCAUUGUAGGUUUCACUACUCAGUUGGCUGGGAAAAUGUCUUUCUCUUAAAGCUUAAUCCUUUGGAGAGUAAUCACUUAUUUUGGGAAGCUAAUUUAAUCAGACUAUAGACACCAGUUGUCAUUCAUGCUGUUGCAUCAACAAAUGUUUUUAUUUAUUUGUGUUCAAUUUUUUCCUCUGGUGGACCUUGGUUUUAGUAACCGUGAAGCUUAAUUACUUGGCUGUGUUACUAAAAAAAUUCUUGUAUGUAAGUCAAGGCUUUCUGUAUCAUCUGCUCAUUCGGAGCAGUGACUGUUUGAUAGUGUAGCUUCACUGCCUUUGUAUGCUUGUUUGACUUUGUGUCUGUCUGUGCAUACACUUGUAAUACCAUGCAGAAUACUACCAGUGGUGCCACAGUCAGAUCUGUUGUAUCAAAGUGAGUGGGGGGGGGGGCUUCAUCUUUGUGCAGUUUAUAGCUCACAUACAGAUUUGAUGAUUUUAACCCUUUAUUAAUCAGUGGUUCUUUGUCUAGCAUUGGACUCAUGUACAUUUGUACAGUUUCUCAUUGGAUCCACAGCUCUUUACUGACCAUUCGGCUUCAAACCAACGACACUCCCCGUCCCCCCCAUGUCACUCCACUGGCAUCCAGGCACCUACUAUGUACUUUCUGUGUGGUUGAGUAUAGGAUGUCUUGUGCAUGUAAGUCUGUGUUGGUGUGUUUGUGUGAGUGUGUGUGUUUGUGUGUGUGAGUGUGUGAGAGAGAGUGUCUAUUAGACACCCCCCUCCCCCUACCUCGUCAUACCACAAUACCUCAGGGCAGUGGGCUGCAGUAACUGUUGCAUUUGAUGUUGAAGCUGCAUUGAGGGACGAGUACUGACGAAGCUGCAGUCAUUUCGCUGAAUGCUACUUAGACUGACUUUGAUUUUGGUGUUGCAUUUUGGAUUUUAUUCGUCAGUAACUGCAGGCAAGGUCUCGUCGCUCAGGAAGCUGUGAAGUUGGAAGUAUGCAGAACCUUUGUCUCUCAGAUGAUUUUGGAGUUAAUUCAGUUUUAAAUUGUUUAAAAACUAACCUGAUCUGUGUAAAAACAGGUGCAUAUGCAAGUGGUUAUCGAAUACCUCAUUUAUCAAUUUUAUGUUGUUUUUUGCUUGUACAAUGCUCCGUAUAUUAAUUCAACUGUGGGGUUUGUGCAUAUUUUUGUACUGUUAUUAUUAUUAUGGACAUGAUAAUAAUGAUAUUACUGAUAUUAUAGUUUUCUCUUUGAUUAAAGCAAACAAAAAUAGGACAAAACACAUGAAUGCUUGUAAAAACUGGUUUGUGCUGAUUGUAUUUAAGGAGCACUUUUCCAAAGUGGUUUUCACACAUUCAGUUUUGUUCAUAUUAGUAAUAUAAAGAUAUGGUUCUCAGGGCUUUAAACUUGUAUGUCAUGAUAAAGUUUUACUUUAUAGCUUA